AUGGCUAAGUCGCGUAGAACCACACGCCUACCGCCGCUGCUGAGGCCACUGCGGCCACUGCGACUGCUGCUGGUACUGGCGAUAGCGGUGUUGUGCGUGGGAGUGGUGCGGGUGAGCGGGCUAUACGAGGACCAGGUGGGGACGUACGACUGGGUGCAGCCGCGCAUUGGCGGCGUUCGCUUCGCCGCGUUCCUCACCUCCUCGCAGCGCAAGCGCGUGCUCGUGGGCACGGACAGGAACGUCAUUGCGGCCCUGAACCUCCGCACGGGAGAUGUCGCAUGGCGACGUGUGCUAGGGGACAAGGACACCCUCCAUGCGCUGGAUAUGGGCGGCAGAUACCUCGUCACGGUGUCGGGCACCGAGGCAGCAGCAGUGCGGGCGUGGGCUGUGCCUGAUGGGACCCUCGCAUGGGAAACCAUGUUGCCACUGCCUGCAGCAGCAGCAGCAGGGGAUGUGAUGGCGAAAUUUGUCACCAUUCCGGCUGCUGACGGUUCCUCAGCAGACCGAGUGGUGGUCCUGCUUGGAUCAGCAGCAGCAGCAGCAGCAGCAGCAGCAGCAGCAGCAGCGGCAACAGAGGUGCAUUGCGUGUCAGCUGCUACUGGGGAGGUUCUUUGGUCAGCUACACUACCCUCCCAUGCCCAUUCCAUCUCCCUCCUCCCACAAGGCUCCAUCCUCCUCACUAGCCUCUCCCCCUCCCUCGCCUUCUCCCUCACCACUCUCGAUGCCGCCUCUGGCAAAGUCACUGCCUCUGCUGCCUCUCCUACUUCCUCUUCCUCUUCUUCCGCUUCGUUUUCUGGUCAUUCUGCUGCGUAUGUCACGGCGACUGGCACUGCGGUGGCUGUGGAUUCGGCGUCUGGUAACAUCCUCACUGCUGCACUGGUUACCUCUGUUACAGCGGAUGCUACAGCCGAUGCUACAGCUGCUACAGUGCAAGUGCACAGCACCCCCCUUGCCUCUCUCCUACCCAAGGAGCACCAUCAGUCGGGAGUAUCAGCUGCUGUGGUGCCAGAGAAGGCUCCAGGAAGCUUCUUCUGGCUGGCUGUGCCAGGAGCUGUGUUUCUCCUGUCAGCACGGGCGGCAGACGGGCAGGCUGGGUCGGCAGGACAGGUGUCGCUUGUUGAUUCGUUCCCUGGGUUGAGUGCUGUUAGUGCAAGCGUUAUGGGAGGCGCAGCAGGGGCAGCAGGAGCAGGAGGAGCAGGAGGGGAGGGAGGGGAAGGGGGGAGUUUCUAUUCGGGUCUUGUGGGAUCGCAAGGCAGCGGUGACACCCUGAAGUUCCACAUGCAGGAGUGUGAGGGCCUUAUGGGAUCGCAAGGCAACGGUGAUUCCCUCCAGUUCCAUGUGCACGUGAGACAUGUUGAGCCGAAUCGAGCAGUUUCCCUCCUCUCUUUCUCUCUCCCCAUUCCCUCGUCCCUGCAGGUGCUUCCAGCUGCCUCCUCCGCUCCCUCUGCCCUCCUAUCGGACUCUGUCUCUGUGCCACCCCACCGUGCCCCCCCUGUUCACCAUCUCCUCUCUUUCUCUCUCCCCAUUCCCUCAUCCGUGCAGGUGCAUCAGCUGCUCCCCUCCUCCUCCUCCCCGCCUGCCCUCCUCUCGGACUCUGUCUCUGUGCCACUGCACCGCGCCCCCCCUGUUCGCGUCUUCCUCAACGCAUAUGCGAGGGCAGCAGGGGCAGGGGGCAGGGGACGAGGCAAGGAUGAGAAAGUGGCAGGAGAGGGGAAGGCGGGUGCGUUCGGUUUCAGGCUGCUGGUGGUGGGAGAGGAUGACUCGUUGUCUCUGCUUCAGCAGGGCGAUGUAGUGUGGGAGAGGGAGGAGGCUCUAGCAUCAGUGGUAGCAGUGACUGUAGCAGAGCUACCAGAGGAGGAGGAGGAGCUGUCAGUGGCAGCAGUGGAGCAUGACAUGACAUCUACGACAUCAGUGGUAGCAGUGACAGUAGCAGAGCUACCAGAGGAGGAGGAGGAGCUGUCCGUGGCAGCAGUGGAGCAUGACAUGACACGAGUGGGCACAAGCUCAUGCAUACCCCAUCUGACCUUCCCCACUCUCCCUCCCUCCACUCCUUCCACUUCCUUUCAAUUGUUUCCCCGUUUUCUUCAGGGCGAGGUGGUGUGGGAGAGGGAGGAGGCUCUAGCAUCAGUGGUAGCAGUCACAGUGGCGGAACUGCCAGAGGAGGAGGAGGAGCUGUCAGUGGCAGCAGUGGAGCAUGACAUCUACGAGUGGGCUCGCACGCACCUCCUCAGAGCCAAGUCAAGCGAGGUGGUGUGGGAGAGGGAGGAAGCUCUAGCCUCAGUGGUAGCGGUAACAAUAGCAGAGCUGCCAGAGGAGGAGGAGGAGCUGUCAGUGGCAGCAGUGGAGCAUGACAUCUACGAGUGGGUGCGCACGCACCUGCUCAGAGCCAAGGGUGAGGUGGUGUGGGAGAGGGAGGAGGCUCUUGCUUCAGUAGUAGCAGUGGCAGUGGCAGAAUUGCCAGAGGAGGAGGAGGAGCUGUCAGUGGCAGCAGUGGAGCAUGACAUCUACGAGUGGGCGCGCACGCACCUGCUCAGAGCCAAGGUCUCUCUCAAUCUUGGCUCGGCUGAGGAACAGGCCCUUGUGCAUCGCCUGCGCACCGCCUCCCCUGAAAAGAUCAAGCCUUUCCGGGAUAGGAACGGGUUUCGGCGCAUUCUCCUGCUGCUGACUGCGCCAGGUGGGGGCAACGGAGGGGCAGGUGGGGGCAACGGAGGGGCAGGUGGGGGCAACGGAGGGGCAGGUGGGGGCAGCGGAGGGUCAGGUGGAAACAGUGGAAGGGGGAUGGGGAAGCUGUUUGCGUUGCAUUCAGGGGAUGGUCGGGUGCUGUGGGCUGCUGCGCUGCCAUCAGGUGGUUCUUCAGGUGGAAGGGGCGCGUCUGUGUUUUCACCUGAAGCGUUGGUGCUGUGGAGGGACCCCCACCGCACAUCACCUGACCAAACACCUGAAGCUCUGGUGCUGCAGAUCAGGCAGCAGAAGCAGCAGGCGGAGGAUGAAAAGGUUGCACACGCAGCAUUAGUGACUAUAGUGAAUGGGCACACGGGGGAUGUGCUUGAAUCGAAGGGCCUGCCUUUUGUGCCCCGUCUCGUUUCCCCGUUGCCCUUGGUGGGGAAAGACGAGCGGCGGCUGGUGAUGCUGGUUGAAAAGGUGCAGUUGAAUGAAGCGGAAGAGCAAGAAGCGGAAGGAGUGGGGAAGGAGGGGAAGGAGGAGACAGAUGGGAACGAGAAGGGAGGGACGGAGGAGGCAAGGGGUCUGUUUGAGGGGCACAAGAAGGAGGUGUUCUUUUAUCUGGUGGACACUGUAACGGGGGCUGUGGAGGGGUAUAGCAUUGGAGAGGAGGUGAAGGAGGAGGGUGGCAGUAGUGGGAGUGAAGGGAGGAGCGAUGGAGGGAGAUUGGGAGGGGGUGUGGUGUAUGGAGCAGUGUUGGUGUGGCGGGUGGUUCUUCCAGCUGAUUCAAAGAUCAUUUCAGCCAUUGCUGCACCUAAGAGAGAGGAGCCAUUGCUGCUCCUAAGAGAGAGGAGGUGUGUGGGUGUGUGGCGGGUGGUGCUGCCUGCUGACUCGGAGGUCAUUUCGGCCAUUGCUGCACCUAAGAGAGAGGAGUCCCAGCACACGCAAGUGCGGGCCCUGGGCGACCGCAGCGUGCAGUUCAAGCUGCUUUCCAAGACCCUGCUCAUUAUGCCUUUGACCUUGCGGGCCCUGGGCGAUCGCAGCGUGCAGUUCAAGCUGCUUUCCAAGAACCUGCUCUUCCUCGCCACAGUCACCCCUCCUGCGGCCGCUGCUGCCUCUGCUUCUGCUUCUGCUGGCGCAGCAGGGGCGGGAGGGGAGGAGGGGGGAGCGGUGGUGGUGUAUCUGGUUGACACGGUGGGAGGACAGGUGGUGGAGCGGGUGGUUCAUUCGGGCAUGCAGGGACCCGUGCACGCGGUGAGUGUAAGGGAGAGGUUUGGGGCUUGCCUGAACAUGGGGUUGUUUGUACGGGCCUCGUCUGUUGGUCCAGGAGCUGGGGUUGCCACGGGUGCAGGGGGAGUGGUGGUGGGAGGGGAGGAGGGGGGAGCAGUGAUGGUGUAUCUGGUUGAUACGGUGGGAGGGCAGGUGGUGGAGCGGGUGGUAAAACGAGGGCAUGCAGGGACCCGUGCACGCGGCGCAGCAGGGGCGGGAGGGGAGGAGGGGGGAUUGGCAGUGGUGUAUCUGGUUGACACGGUGGGAGGGCAGGUGGUGGAGCGGGUGGUUCAUGCGGGUAUGCAAGGGCCAGUGCACGCGGUAAUGGCAGAGAACUGGGUGGUCUACCAUUACUUCAACCCUGCUGCCUCUUGUUUUGCUUCCUUAGCAAACCCAUACUUUCUCGUCUCCGUUCUGCUCUCUAUCUUGGCUCCUUGCUUUCCUGGGCAGGUCAUGGCAGAGAACUGGGUGGUAUACCAUUACUUCAACCCUGCGGCCUCUCGCCACGAGGUCUCCACUAUAGAGCUCCUCGAUACUUCUCUGAAGGACGUCCCCGUCAUAGACUACCUCAAAUACGGCCUCAGCAUCCCAGGAUCGUCCAACCUCACCGCCCCGCUUUCUGCAGCGGAAAUUCCCUGGGAGAGGGUGAAGCGGCUGAGGCAGAGUUACUACUUCCCCUAUGCAUUGAGGUGUAUUUCGGUGACUUCCACCCUUGCGGGGAUCACGAACAAGCAUGUGCUUUUCGGCACAGCUCUCGAUCAGGUCCUGGCUCUCGACCGUCGGUUCCUGGACCCCCGCAGGGUGCCUGAGCCGUCACAGCAGGACAAGGAGGCGGGCAUUAUGCCGUAUAGUGACUCGCUGCCUGCUCCGGGACAGCAGGACAAGGAGGCGGGCAUCAUGCCUUACAGCAACUCGCUGCCUGCUCCGGGACAGGCCUACCUCACCCAUCGUUACCGCAUUGAGGGUCUGAAGCACAUUCUCUCCUUCCCCACGCGUCUGGAGUCCACCACCCUCGUGCUUGCACACGGGCUUGACCUCUUCUUUGUUCGCACCGCCCCCUCCCGAGUCUUUGACUCGCUGGGGGAAGACUUCAGCUUCGCGCUGCUGCUGGGGACGAUUGCUGUGCUGUCGAUCGCGAUUGUGGUGACCUGGGGGCUGUCUAGGAAGCAGGAGCUUAAGCAGCGGUGGAAGUGA